CUGUGACCGUUAUUACAUCACAAGCUGGGGAUUCCCCUUAACAGAAAUCUAAAACUUUAUAGGCACAUGUUCUGCGUUUGUUCUUCGUCUUCAAUUGUUAAAAGAUGGAGAAAGAAGAGCCAUCUUUUAGCGAGGUGAUGAAUUUUUAUAAUGAUAAACUCGAUGAGCUGUUGGGGGAUCCACUGCUUAAUGAUUUACCACAGGAAGUUACACUGGAAGAAGUGAAUGCAAAAAUUGCUUUGGAAUUCGGACAAGCGAUGACUAUCAGAAUAAGAAGAGCUGAUGGCUUUACAUAUCCAGUCAUUGUCAAGCAAGAUGCUACUAUUGGUGAAUUGAAAAAAGCUAUUACACGACAUGUACAGCUGAAGCAGCAGAGGGAAGGUGGGAAUCAAUGCAUUUCAUGGAGAAGGGUGUGGAAGUCAUACUGGCUUUACUACGAUGGACAAAAAUUAAAAGAAGAUUCUCAUAAAUUAAAAGACUAUGGAUUGCGCAAUCAUGAUGAAGUCACAUUUAUAAAACGUUUAAAAGAAAAAUAAUAAAUCUGUAUUUUGUUCACUGUUCUGUUUCUUUACCUUUUUACAUGAUGUUUUUGUACUGCAAUAUAUUAUACUUUCCUGUUGAAUAACAUAGAAUAUUAAUUGGAAAAAUUAUGCUUUAGAUUAUAAACUGCUUCGAAGCUGCAUUUAAAUAUGUGUUGCAUAAAUAUUUGUUGUAAGUCUCUCAUGUUACCCAACACAGAAACAAUAAUACAAAUUUAACCAAGUCAGCAAUUCAAGAUUUAACCUGUGUAUUAGUAAAUGCCUUGUUUUUCCUUCAUCCAGCUGCUUUACAUUAAAAUGAACGUUUAUGUCAGAAGCAGGAAAUAUUAUUAAGGUAUUACUCUUAUUGGUUCUGUUUAAUUGGACUUAAUGAACAUUGUUUACUUACACUGCUGGUUGUCGCACUGCAUAUUGAUACAGCUUAUUCACUCCAAAUACAGCCACUCU